AUGGGAUCUUCGCCGACUAGCGCAACAUCGGGGACUUUCUCGAGGACGUUCCCCGACCUCGCACCGGGCAAGAAACCGGGUGUGAAGGAUGUCGCGCAGUUGAUCAAGCAGGGCAGGGCAAAGAAUGUUAUUGUAAUGGUGCGUACAGACCGCUCGUGUCCUUUUGGUCGGGUUGGAGGUGCUGACCCUGAUUCGUGUCCCCGCUCAACAGGCCGGGGCAGGGAUCAGUACCGCCGCGGGGAUGUUCGUCAUCUCCACCCUUUCUGCUUAGGGUCCCUUACGGCACGCCCCUAAACUGACCCCUUCCCCUGUUCCCCACGCUCCCAGACCUGAUUUUCGAUCACCCGAAACGGGCCUCUACGCCAAUUUGGAAAAGUACGAUUUACCCUAGUACGUCCAAGAGAACUUCAUCCAGACAAGAAAAACCUUUCGCUGCACGCCGCCACUGAUCCCCCCUCCGCUUCCAAACCCCCAGUCCCGAAGCCAUUUUCGACAUUGAUUACUUCCUCGAGAAACCUCAAGCCUUCUACACCCUCGCCAAGGAACUCUACCCCGGCAACUUUCGACCCACGAUGACGCAUCAUUUCUUUCGCCUCUUGCAGGACAAGGGUUUGCUCAAGGCCGUAUCUACGCAGAACAUUGAUACGCUUGAAAGGAUUGCCGGAGUCGAGGAUGACAAGUUAAUCGAGGCGCAUGGUACGUGGUUCGUAGUAAAGGGAGGGAAGGGAGGUUUGCUCAUAAGGGUUUGGAUGUGCGCAGGCUCGUUCGAAUCCGCGCAAUGCCUCGCGUGCAAGAAGGAGUAUUCGAAGGAAGCGAUCAAGCCCCAGAUCGAAAAAGGUGAGGUCGUGUAUUGCUCGUUGAAGAGCUGUAAGGGUGAUAAGAAGGCUUUGGUGAGUUUGGAGUCUUGUGCAUGUCGGGUUCGGUUUGAAAGAGGGGGUUGAGCUGAUUCGGAGUACGGUUUUUCGAUCGAGUUGUAGGUCAAGCCCAACAUUGUCUUUUUCGGCGAAGGGUUACCAAAACGAUUCUUUGAUCGGAUCAACGUGAGUUAUAAGAUCCAAACCGCACCACCCUAAAUCCCACGUUGAGUCGGCUGGCGCUGACCAGCUGCUGCCGUCCGACCCCACCUCCUUCAGGAUUUCACCAGCUGUGACCUCCUCAUCGUGCUCGGCACGUCCCUCUCCGUUCAACCCUUCGCAUCCCUCAUGAACCGCGUUCCGUCCCAAACUCCCCGACUGCUCAUCAACCUAGAAUCCGUGGGUGAGCUGAGCCCACAUUCGAGUCGGUUCUUGGGCAGUCGACCGGACGGGUUCGAUUUUGAGGAUGUGUUGGGCAGGAAAGGGGGGUGAAGGAUGUUAGGUGGUUGGGGGAGAGUGAUGAGGGGGUGUUGGAGUUGGUCAAGGAGUUGGGGUGGGAGAGGGAGUUGGAGGAGUUGAGAGAGACGUGGGAGAUGGGGGAGAAAGGGAAAGGGACGGAGAAGGAGGAUGGGGACGUGGAGACAACGGUGGAGGAGGUUAGAGAGGCGCCGAUGGAACGCGGGCGGGGGGGUUCUAAGGAGGAUAUCGAGCAGUUGACGGAGAGGUUGGAGAAAGUGGAGGUUGAUGGCACAAAGGAAGAGGGCGCGAAGGAGGAGGGACUCAAUGAUCUUACGACCGUGGAGCGGGAAACGACUGCGGAACGACCCGAAGGAGCGAAUCAAGACGGAAGCGGAGAAGCGACUGCUCCUGGGCCGGGGAAGGCGAUCCUAUAG